GUAUUCAGUACACGAAGAGGUCUCCUUGUGGUAGUGGUAUUUGUAAGCAAGUAUUGGGUGCCAUGUUUGUAAUUUCAUGAUGGACCAUUCAUGAAUUAUUCAACUAAGGAACAGGAUUUUUCUGACAAAAACAUGUUUUUCUGUAUCCUGCUGCUGGGAAAAAUGACUCAAAUUAUGGGUCAAGGUGUAUUCAUUAACCCAGUUAACAUCAAUGGCACAGUGAAGAUUGAAUUUUUGGAAUUUGAGCAGGCACUGGAUUUUGACAUCCAUGAUGAAUCCAUGUUUGCCACGUCAGAUCCUAGGUUCGAGUUCCCCCUAACAGAAAUCGACAUCUCUUGGCUGAACUCUCUGUUCAUACUUCCCAAGAAAGGAGAAACUAGAAUUAGGAAGGAAUACCGUCUGUUAAGUGACAAAGAAAGGGAGAACUUCCAUGCUGCAGUCAAUCUGCUUAAAAAUGACAGUACAGUAAGCCUGAACAAGUACGACCUUCUAGCCAACAUCCACUCCAGGUCAUCCAGUAACACGGCAGCUCAUGGAGGACCAGGAUUUCUUGGUUGGCACAGGGUCUUCCUAUUGUUAUUUGAAAAUGCCCUGAGACAGAAGAUUCCAAAUGUCACCCUACCUUACUGGGACUGCACCCUAGAUGAACCUCUCCCCCACCCCUCGGAAUCUGUGAUGUGGUCACAUUUAUUCCUUGGUAAUGGAGAUGGGGAAGUAAAAACUGGACCUUUCAAAAACUGGGACACACAGUUCGGUUUUGGUUUACUACAUCGUCAAGUGUCUUCCCUCAGGCAUCUAAUGAGUGCUAACGACCUUGAAAACAUCCUUGAGGAAAAUUACCUUGGCAACAUCAGUUACCCCAACACAAAGUCAAGCAAAAAUCUUGAACAGCUUCACAACAAUGUACAUGUAUGGGUUGGUGGGGUCAUGAAGAAGAUAGAAAUAGGUGCCUUUGACCCAGUUUUCUAUGUCCUUCAUACAUUCAUUGAUAAAGUGUGGGAGGACUUUCGAAUGCAACAGAGGUCAAGUGGCAUUAACCCUACAAAAGAUUACCCAGAAUUCUAUGGCAGGAAGAAUCAUGCUCCAUUUGCCCCGAUGGGACUUGGAAACCUUGUGGUUAUUGAUGGGAUUAGUGACGUAUGGAAUGAAGAAAUCAUGUAUCUUACUACUUUGUGUACAAAUAAUUCUUCAAAUAUGUGUGGAUCAAAGUUUCUAAAGUGUGGUCAUUCAAAAAGAUGUGCAUCAAAAACAAUACAAGAAGUAGCAGAAUCCACAGAGACCAAUGAAACCGGUGAUCCAGAUGAAGCCAUUCUCCAUAACAAUUCUACAUUUAAAUCAUAUAAUCUUUACAUCAAAUCAAAUUUACAAGUUAUCCUUCACAGUGACCUUUACAGCAACUUUUUACACUUUUACAAUGAUGGGAAAGGAACAGACAUUGUCCCUGCAUUUCCGAUAACAUAUGUGCAAAAUAACUUUCAACUCGCCAGAGAACUGUACAGAUUUCAUUUGAAGUCGCCUUUGGAUUCCCGAAAUUUUCAACAAAUGUAUAUGCUUUUUCCAUCUGAAUAAAAUGAAAUUUCCAGUC